GGCAAAACGUUCACCUGUGAGGCAUCAAUUGUAUCGUUUAUAAAGGGCAAGCCUUGGUACUACACAACAUGCACAGAAUGCCGAAGGAAAAUGUACAAAACCAAUGAAGGCUGGUCGUGCGGAUCACAUGAAAAUCUGCCAGAACCUAGGUUUAUGUACUGUGCAUCUACAACAAUUGCCGAUCACACAGACUCAACAACAGCAACACUUUUCGACGAAGCACUGACAAGCAUUAUAGGACAACCAUGUAGAGACAUCGUCAUACAAGAAGGUUACACAGAUCGCUACCAAGUACCAAAGCCCCUAUUAGAGGCCGCUGGCAGACUAAUUUCCAUGCAGGUACGGUACAUCAAGUCCCCAAUACCGGGAUCAAGCAUUCUAGCAGUUAACAGGGCAUCCAUUGCACAACCACUGGUAGACACACAUGGUACCCCACCAUCACCAACACAGACAACACCUAUUGGGCAAAAGGAGCAACGACCGAAUCAAUCAACAACCUCCACAACCAAACGACAACUAUCCUUCACAGAACCAGGUCCCGAUAUCAGCGACACCAAAAGAAUCCGCUACCCAGAUGCUUAGGAACAAGAAAAAACAUCAAGACUAGAAAGAAGGCACCUCUUUUUGCAACUAACUAUUUUGUAUACAUCAUUUUGCAACUAACUAGAUGCUCAAGGGUAAGAAGAAAAAGUCAGCACUCCGAAAAAAGCAUCUCUUUAGAUAUUUUGUAUAAUUUUGUAACUAACUAUUACCU